UGGCUAGCAAAAUUACGUACGCCUGGCGUCGAGCCGAGCUUAUUUAAGGCUCCCGUCCCGUUUCCACAGACCCAGUCGCGGGUUUUCCUCCAGUAGACUCUUUAACACAACAAAAUGGCGGACAAGGAGAAGAAGGUCAAGAAGAAGAAGAAGGAAGAUGCGCCUGAGGCAGCCCCGGCUCCAGCCGAAACCAGGACCUCCUCCAAAGGCUCCUCCAAGAAGGUCAAAAGGUCCGGUUCCAACGUCUUCUCCAUGUUCUCGCAGGCUCAAGUGGCCGAGUUCAAGGAGGGUUUCCAACUCAUGGACCACGACAAGGACGGCAUCAUCACCAAGGCCGACCUUCGGGCGACCUUCGACGCCGUGGGGAAGCUCUCCAACGAGAAGGAGCUCGAUGAGAUGAUCAACGAAGCCCCUGGACCACUCAACUUCACCCAACUGUUGGGCUUGUUCGGUACCCGCAUGCAGGACUCCGGUGGUACCGACGACGAUGAGGUCGUCGUYGCCGCYUUCAAGUCCUUUGAYGAGAACGGUACCAUCGACAGUGAAAGAUUUAGGCACGCGCUCAUGACCUGGGGGGACAAAUUCACCGCCAAGGAGGUCGACGAUGCUUUCGAUGCUAUGGACAUCGACGACAAAGGCAGGAUUGACACCCAGGGUCUCAUUCAACUCUUGACCGCCGCUCCAGAGGAAGAAGGCGAAGGUGAAGCCGCCUAAAUCAUCAGUUCUCAUCACUUUUAUCAUCAUCUCGUCAUAACUGCAGUUAUCUCAUCAUUUGGAAUAUGUCACUUAGUGGCAUGGUUUACGUCAUUUGAGCUCAUUAGAAAAAAAAUGCCAUUUUGUACAUGUUGUACUUAACAGCAGUCGCUUUGCCACCACGCGACUCGCUGAAUAAAUCAUUAAUUUUAUAUUA